CGAUUGUCCCCCUUAGUAUAAUUGAAUACCUUCCUGGUUUAAGGUUUACGUGUUGUCUUUAGCCGGAUUUAUCUCAGGAUAAAGAAAGGAAAUGGCAACAGCAUCACCUUCUCACGACAUCAGUCAAGAGAGGCCCGAAUCAGAAAGGGAAAUAACAUUAUGGACAAGAAAUCAUAUUGCAUAUUUCCAACACGACAUUGAUACCCUAAAACUGCAAACACUAGCCGCUUCGAAGGCAUAUAAAGAUUUAUCGAAAGAACAAGCAAAUAUAGAAAGAAAAUCACACAAAGAGAAAAGUAAAGAGCUUCACGGAUGUAUUGACAAGUAUCAAAACUGUAUAUCGGUUUUGAAGAAAGCAUGUGACAAGAUUUCUUGGGUUGUGAAUAACGAAAAUCCUAAAGUACCUUUGGUUGAAAAAAGAUCAACAUAUGAUGAGAGACACAAGAAAAAGAACAAAUCUUCAAGCUAUAGGGACAAUUUUCAACAGCAAGAAUGUGCCCGGUGUUACAGAAAAGACGCUGAAAUCAUGAAGCUUGAAUCAGAUUUGGAAAGGAAAAUAGCGGAUCAUGGAGAAGAAAUGAAAAGAACAAUAGCGAGAUAUGAAGAAAAAAUUAAAAGAGAGGAAAUCGAGUACCAAGCAAGCCGAAAAAGAAUGCACGAUGAAAAAGAAGAACUUCUUGGACGAUUGCAAAUGGAGAUUGAAGAGAAGGAGAAUGUUCUACGAAGAACAAACGAAGAAAUGGAACGAACAAUUAUAAAGCAUGAAGUAGAAACGAAAAGAAAAGAAGAGGAAUGUCAAGAAAAAGCCAAUGAAACGGAAAUACAAAUUGCAAAGUAUGAAGUAGAACUCAAGAGAAAAGAAGCGGAAUGUCAAGAAAAAAUAAAGGAAACAGAAAGACAAAUUUCAGCUUAUGAAGAAGGGCUUAAAAGAAAGGAAGCGGAAUGUCAAGAAAAAAUAAACCAAUGUUUGAAAAGUAAAAUAGCAGAUUAUGAAGCAGAAACAAAAAGAAAAAUACGGGGAUAUGAAGAAGAACUUAAAAGGAAAGAAGCUGACUAUCAAGAAAGAACAAAAGAAACGGAAAUGCAAAUUGCAACGUAUGAAGUUGAACUAAACAGGAUAGAAACUGAAUGUCAAGAAAGAAUAAACAUAGAUGUUGAGAGAAAAAUAGCGGACUAUGAAGAAGAAACAAAGAGAAAAAUAUUUGGAUACGAAGAACAAAUUAAAAGGAAUAAAACUGUUUACCAAGAAAGUCUAAGAAGAAUUCAAGACGAAAACGAAAGUCUUCGUAGUCAACUGCAGAUGGAAACUGAAACGAAAGAGAGUGCUCUACGAAGAAUAGAAGAAACGGAAAUACAAAUUGCCAAGUAUGAAGAAGAACUCAAGAGAAAAGAAGCGGAAUGUCAAGAAAAAAUAAACAAAGAUGUGAAAGAAAAAAUAGCAGAAAAUGAAGAAAUAACAAAGAGAAAAAUAAGGAGAUACGAAGAAGAAAGUAAAAGAAAAGAAGCAGAGUACACGGAAAGAAUACGAGAGGUAACAGACAGACUUCAUGGUCAAUUACAGAUGGAGACUGAAGCGAAAGAGAAUGCUCUACGAAGAAUAGAAGAAACAGAAAGACAAAUUUCAACGUAUGAAGUAGAGCUCAAAAGAAAAGAAGCGGAAUGUCAAGAAAAAAUAAACCAAUGUUUGAAAAGUACAGCAGCAGAUUAUGAAGACGAAACAAAAAGAAAAAUAUUGAGAUACGAGGAAGAACUUAAAAGGAAAGAAGCUGGCUACCAAGAUUGUCAAAAACGAAUGCAAGAUGAAAACGAAAGGCUUUGUAGUCAGCUGCAAAUGGAGAUUGGAGCAAAAGAGGAUGCUCAACGAAGAACAGAAGAAGCGGAAAGAACACUUGAAGAGUAUGAAGUAGAACUCAAAAGAAAAGAAGUGGGAUAUCGUGAAAUGUGCAGAAUAAACGAAGAUAUGGAAAGAAAAUUACAAAAAUAUGAAGAAGAAACAAACAGAAAAAUAUGGGGAUACGAAGAAGAAAUGAAACGAAAAGAGAUGGACUACCAAGAAAGCCAAAGAAGAAUGUACAACGAAAUGGAAAGGCUUCGUGGUAAACUGCAGACGGAGACUAGCGCGAAAGAGGAUGCUCUACGAAGGUUCAGUUCAAUGGCUUCAAGCACAUUGCGGGACAACAACCCUAACAUCACUGACCUUAGUGACCAGAACAGACCCACUAAAAUAGCAGAGCGUUUGUCAGAGUUGUACGACAAUCAGUGGACGGAUGCAUUUGAUGCACUAGAGAGCUCUAUGCCGGAAAGACAGAUAAUUCAAACUCUGCUGGACACUUUAAUGAAUGCGUAUGAAGAAUGUUGCAAACUUUCGAGUGAAAAUUUCUACGAGAGGAUCCAAAACUGCAUUGAGUCUCCACUUGGGCCGAAUAGCAGUCCAUCGACGGCAGUUGUCUUACCUGAACAGUUAAAAACAGCAAAAUUAAAGAAUUUCGCAAGUUAUUACACCAAAACUUCAAAUACCUAA